AUGGAUAGAGCAAUCACAACUUACUCAAUCGAUGAUGAAGUUAAGGUUGAAGAUUUCAUCAAGGAGGUUUCUUAUACUGUUUUGUUUAAUGAGGCUGAGUGUGUGGCAAAGUGUGUGGCAAAGUGUCUUUACAGUUAUGACGUUGCUUAUCAGAAGUCAGAAACUGUUAGGUAUAAACGUCUAUUGAAGAUUUGUUAUGAGGUAAUAACAAAUGCAGCGUCAUAUGAUGGGCAUACUGAAGAUAUGAUAUCGAAGUUGUCUGCUGCUGUAUCUAGAAUCCGUGCUAAGAUUCUCUAUGUAACAUCAAAGGAAAGGUUCAGAAGGGAGCUGGAUGGCAUCCAUUACGAGAUGCAGGUGACUGACCCAACAUAA